ACAAACGGUGGCUUUAUCUUGAAUAAAGACCAGAGAUAUGUAGACACCAACGCUAUCUACACAUGUAAAAUGGGCUACGAUCUCUUCAUGAAUGCAGAGAGGUCAUCUUACAACCGCCAAUGCCGUCAAUAUAAAGACAUGAAAAGAUGUGAAGGAUACUGGAGCGAAAGAAAACCGUGCUGCAUUCCAAGAUCUUGUCCGAAUCCUAAGCCAUUUGUGAACGGAACAGUUAUUGGAGAUCAUUUUUUUUAUCCGGAAACAAUUUCAAUCAAUUGUGAUGAAGGACACGAAUUGACGAAAGAUGGGCCAGUUUAUCAAUGUGAUGAAACAGGGUCUUGGGUUCCUCUGUCUGGUCCAUUGGCAAAAAGGCAUAAACCCAAUAAUUUGCGAGCUGCUGCAGAACUGCAACAAGUCCAAACUUGUCUAAGAAGAAAAAGCAUUCAAACGGAAAAUUUCAAAAAUUCUGAACUAAAUUUGGCAAAAUGCGAGCCGGUCAACUGCGGAAAGCCGAAACAUCCUGUGGAUGGACAAUGUUCAGGAACUUACUAUAUGUUUAAAGGAGUUGCGGAAUGUACAUGCAACCCGGGAUUCUGCAUAGUUGGACCAAACAAAACUCAAUGUACCUCAUCAGGACUAUGGUCGAAUAAGGCACCAAGCUGCAAAAAAAUUCAAUGUCCACUUCUUAGCGAUCCCGAACAUGGUAUAGUACAGUUGAGCUCAGAACAAAGGUUUGUAGAUGAUACGGCAGUUUACAGCUGCCAUUCCGGUUAUGACCUAAAUAUGAAUAAAAACAUUCAAACAUUUACUCGAACUUGCUCACAACUCGAUAACCCUUACAAAUGCGAAGGAGCGUGGAGCGAAAAACCGCCAUGUUGUAUACCAAGGUCAUGUCCGGAUCCUAACAAUUCUAACUUCAGAAAUGGAAGCAUACAGGGAAAUGCCUAUUUCUACCCUGAAUCAAUCUCACUAAAAUGCAAGGAAGGUCACGAGCUUGUCGGCGGAGGAUCCUAUUUUCAGUGCAAUCAAAGUGGCCAGUGGCAUGAAAUAUCAAAACCCAGUGACGAGGCAUUACAACAAGCCAAUAAGAGAAUCAAAUUAGAACGUAAGAAAGUAAAAGCUUGCAUAUCGCCAAAGUCAAUAAAAACAAGGCACUUUUCCACUAAAGUGAGACAAUUUCCUACCUGCCAACCUAAAGAUUGUAGGAAACCUGUUGUUAACAGUCACUGUUCUCUGGUGUCAAGGAGCUUCCAUUAUCCAAACAAAGUGAUGUUUGACCGCAACUAUGGAUACUGCGUUAUUGGCAGUAAUAUCUCUCAAUGCAAUUCACAAGGACUUUGGUCAAAAGCGUCACCGACCUGCGAAAAGAUUCAAUGUCCACCUCUUAGCGAUCCCGAACAUGGUACAGUAUUGUUGAGCUCAGAACAAAGGUUUGUAGAUGAUACAGCAGUUUACAGCUGCCAUUCCGGCUAUGACCUAAAUAUGAAUAAAAACAUUCAAACAUUUACUCGAACUUGCUUACAACCGGACAACUCUCACGAAUGCAAAGGAGCGUGGAGCAAAAUACCGCCAUGUUGUAUACCAAGGUCAUGUCCGGAUCCUAACAAUUCUAACUUCAGAAAUGGAAGCAUACAGGGAAAUGCCUAUUUCUACCCUGAAUCAAUCUCACUAAAAUGCAAGGAAGGUCACGAGCUUGUCGGCGGAGGAUCCUAUUUUCAGUGCAAUCAAAGUGGCCAGUGGCAUGAAAUAUCAAAACCCAGUGACGAGGCAUUACAACAAGCCAAUAAGAGAAUCAAAUUAGAACGUAAGAAAGUAAAAGCUUGCAUAUCGCCAAAGUCAAUAAAAACAAGGCACUUUUCCACUAAAGUGAGACAAUUUCCUACCUGCCAACCUAAAGAUUGUAGGACACCUCUUGUUGACAGUAACUGUACUCUGGUGUCAAGAAGCUUCCAUUAUCCAAGCAAAGUGAUGUUUGAACGCAACUACGGAUACUGCGUUGUUGGUAGUACUAGCUCUCAAUGCAAUUCACAAGGACUUUGGUCAAAAGCGUCACCAACCUGUGAACGUAUACAAUGUCCGUCUCUUGAACGUAUAAGAAACGGCGGCUAUAUGCUGAAUGAAAGCUACAGAUAUGUAAACACCAAAGCGAGCUACACCUGCAAAAGAGGCUAUGAUAUCUUCAUGGAUGCAGAGAGGUCAUCUUACAACCGUCAAUGCCGUCAAGAUAAAGACAUGAAAAGAUGUGAAGGACAAUGGACCGGAAGAAAACCGUGCUGCAUACCAAGAUCUUGUCGGAAUCCUAAACCAUUUGUGAACGGAACGGUCAUUGGAGAUCAUUUUUUUUAUCCGGAAACAAUUUCAAUCAAUUGUGAUGAAGGACACGAAUUGACGAAAGAUGGGCCAGUUUAUCAAUGCGAUGAAAGAGGAUCUUGGGUUCCUCUGUCUGGUGCAUUGGAAAAAGGGCAUAAAAUCGAUAUUUUGCGGGCAGAGGCAGAACUGCAACUAGUUCAAACUUGUCUAAGAAAUAAUACCAUUGAAACGAAAAAUUUUAAACAUCCUGAACUAAACUUUGCAAGAUGCGAACCGGUCGACUGCGGAAAGCCCACCAAUCCUGAGGAUGGACAAUGUUUUGGAAGUUACUGUCAGUUUAAAGGAGUUGCGCGAUGUACAUGUAACCCGGGAUACUGCAUAAACCAUAACAAGAUAACUUGUAACGCAAAAGCUAAAUGGUUUCCAUCAAUCCCAACCUGCUCAAGAAUUUAUUGUCCUCAACUGAAGUAUAAUACGACUCGCAUGUGGUUAACAAUAGAAAAAAAUGAACAAGCUAAAGACUGCCCCAAAGGCAAGUUUUGCUACGGACAUACUGUUACCUUUGUGCCUCGCCCUGGUUACUCCUUCGACCGCAGCGUUCAACUCGUAUGUGAGCAAUACAAAUCAAGCCCUCGUCAAUGCGCAGGGUACUGGCAUCCCGAUGAUCGACUACCACAACCUCUUGAAAAGAUUUGCCCUCCUCCUCCUGUAAAGAUCAAUAACGGAGUUGUCCAUGGUAGUGAUUCUAUUGUCGGAUCCACAAUCAGCUUCACCUGCUCAGCAGACUACGAGCUAAAGGAUGGUAGUGAUACAAGAAUAUGUUUGUCGUCGGGACAGUGGAGUGGAAUGCAACCAAGAUGUGAACACGUUUGCGCCAAAUAUGUGGCACAACCUGGCUCGGUUCGGUAUUGUACCGCAACAAGCGGAAAGGCAGAACUUGUCUGUCCAGGAAUAACUGAGUGCCCGUCAGACCUCACUCCGGUCUGCUCUAGUGAUACACAAACUUACAACAACCUUUGUCUCCUAAAAAUUUAUGGCUGCAGAAAGUACGGCGUCAACGAUACAACAACCGCUGUAGCAAACGACAACUGUCUUUUCGGUGGAAUUUGUACUGAACCGCAACCCAAACCAUCACCUGGAGAUCAGUGCAGACAAACUGCGUAUAGAUAUUUCUACAAUACUGAAACGUCAGAGUGUGAACGGUACGCAAACGGACCCUGUUACAAAGGGCAUAACAGUUUCUAUACAUUGGACGAUUGCAAAGAUCACUGUGAAACAAGUAAUCCUUGCAUUUCUAAAAUGGAUCCUGGCUUGUGCAAUCUUCAUCAGCUACGUUAUUAUUACAACCUGACAGAAGAGAAUUGCAUGGAAUUUAACUAUUCAGGCUGCUAUGGAAAUGAAAACAAUUUUAUAUCAGAGUCAACGUGCGAAGCAAAAUGCAGCGGAGUUCGCAUCACUCCACCACCUGCCAUCAUGACUGCAGAAGAUUGCUGCAGAAAGAAUACCCUGAAAGAUCAGUGCAAAGGCGACCUAGUAUUAGAUAUUGAUGCUGCUGACACCUCUGCCAAGAAUGGAAGAGUGAUCGUUGGAGUAAAAUUCAAACCAAGAGAUUUAAAAUAUCAAACAGUACAAAAGUAUAAAAAUGCUUUAAAACUUUUGCUGCCAAUAGCUAAAAGUGAAGUGGAAGGAUGCGACAUGAAAUGUCCAAAGUUCGGUUCAAAGAAGAAAUAUUUAGUUGUUGUUAAAGGAGCCAGUAUCAAAAAGAAGCAAGUGAAAGCUGAAAAGUACCACUUAAUCCAAUACAAAAACGGUGUAGAAAAGUCUGAAAAGGUUGAUCAACUAAAACAAUGCAAUUAAAACAGAUGAUGGCAUAGUCUGCAAGACUCUCACGUUGACGAGAAGACAUCAGUAGACAAUUUGUGGUUGUUUGACUUCUAGCAAGUGCGCUUAAAUGUUUGUGUUAGUUCUGUUUUGAUACCUCUACAUAAUGACGUAGAGAUGACAAUAGAGACAAGCGAGCAAUUAUUGACA